AUGUUGCUGGAAACGAUGACCGUGGGGCCGGAUGAUAAAGUCGAUUUGGGGCAAACUGCACUGGUAUCCGGGCAGGAUCCACAAGAUGGAGUUGCGUCAGGUACAGAGGAACAGUUUUGGACGCUUGUUCAACAGGUAAGCGCUUUGUGCGGGCAGCCACCGGAGUCGGCUUCUGCCCAGCGGCUGCUGGAACUGCUCCAGCGACUGGCCAAGUUGUGCAGUGUUGAAGACUUUGGUCGGUUUUUGAACGACCUGAAGACCAAUGACUGGUUGAAUCAGGCGUAUGGCACCGAGACGAACGAACGAGAACUGCUGAACGGCUUCACUGCUCUGUCUGGAACGGUGCGCAAAAGCCCGGUGCCGAACACAGGGUCGCUGCCUGCCCACCUCCGGGCCGUUGGUACUUCCCAACAAGACCUUUUACUGCCGUUGCGGCAGAACCGAUUGCUUCGCGCAGCCUUGCAAGCUAUUCGCUUGGCUGGUCGGGGUUCCAGUGUCGAACGCGCGCUCAUCCAGUGCCUCGCGCAGCCAGACGUUGCUGCUGGGGAGCGGGGUCAGCUCAUGUGGCCGUCGUGGGCGCUCGCUGAGCACCCUGCAGGCUUCACGGAUAUUGAUGGCGGCGCUGACGCGGAGCGCUCUCUGGCAGCAGGGUUAGCAAGCGAACGCGUUGCCAUAGAACAGUGGCUCGACGCGCUCGAGCAGCAGGAACAGCGCAUAGAGCGCCGCCUGCAAGAGCGCUACGAGCUUUUGCAGCAUGCGACCGAGGAGGAGCACGACACCAUCAAGGUGGAGAUAGAGCGACGUGCACUGCAGCUGCACCAUCGCCAGCGAAACAUUCGGCGAGCGCUGCUGAAUGAAAUGUACCUGUUGGUUGCACCCGUCGAAACCGAGGCGAUUGCGGCCUACUAUCGCCAGCGACGGGAUCCACUGGCAGAGUACGGCAUCACAAGUGAAGCUGUGGAAUUCGGAGCGCUGGUCGCAGCCAGUCGACGAGCUGCGCGGCAACGCGAGAAUGAAAAACUCGCGUACCAACGUCACCGGGCCGAGCAGGAGGAGCGUCGACGGGCCCGGCACGCCCGGUACCUCGAGAGCCUUCUCGAGCACGGCAAGUCUUUCCGCGAUGCUCGGACGCAAAUUAACCAGGAACGUCAAGCCGUGAACAGGGCACUGCACAAGCACUUUCGCGACCGCAUGCGCGAGGAAGAGCGUCGAGCUCGUCGUGAAGAGCAGGAACGGCUCCGAGCGCUUCGAGCGAACGAUGAAGAGGCGUACCUGCGCAUGCUGGAUGCAACCAAGAACAGUCGCAUCAUGGAGGUGCUUCGCCAGACGGAGAACUAUCUUUCGUUGAUCACCGCCAAGGUGCAGGCACAGAAAGAUGUCGUCGGAGUGAACGAAGCCGUGGACGCACAAGGACUCGUGGGUCUCAAAGCGCGCGAGGCUGCCCGCAAGGCACAGGCUGCCCAGCGCAAACAGUUGCGCGAACAAGAGCGUCGAAUGAGAAACGCGACGGAAGCGACAGCUGCCGCUGUCGAUGACGGCGUCGACGACAACGACUAUGAUGAUGAUGGCGUCGACGACAAGGACGACACCCAAGCACCCGCGGAAAAUAUGCUCGAUGCCAUGCGGCGGCGACGAGAAGAGUACUACCAGCAGACCCACUCCAUUGGAGAGCUCGUGGAGCAACAGCCGAGCUCCCUGCGUGGAGGCCAACUCAAACCCUACCAGAUCGAAGGUCUGCAGUGGAUGGUUUCCCUCUACAAUAACAAUCUGAAUGGCAUCUUGGCAGACGAAAUGGGUCUAGGCAAGACGAUCCAGACGAUUGCGCUGUUGGCGUACCUCAUGGAGUACAAAGGGGUCCAGGGGCCACAUCUCAUUGUCGUCCCGCUCAGCACACUCAGCAACUGGGUCCGCGAGUUUCGAGCAUGGGCACCCCAUAUGAAAAUGGUCGUCUAUCGGGGUGACAAGAGCGCGCGUCGCAUGAUUCAGCAAUACGAGAUGGCCUCUGGUCAAUACAACGUACUGUUGACGACCUAUGAAUACUGCGUACGGGACCAGCGAGCGCUCUCGCGGAUCUUUUGGAAGUACAUUAUUGUCGACGAGGGUCAUCGCAUGAAGAACACCCAUUGUCGCUUGGCGAUGACACUCGGUGUCAAGUAUCGCUCGCGAAAUCGACUUCUCUUGACCGGCACACCGCUCCAGAACAAUCUCACCGAACUGUGGGCGCUCCUUAACUUUCUACUUCCGAACAUUUUCAAUAGUGUCGAUACCUUCGAGUCCUGGUUUAGUGCGCCGUUUCAGAGCCUGGGUACUGGCGACCAACCGGAGCUCGCCGAAGAGGAGGUUUUGCUCAUUAUCAACCGAUUGCAUCACGUUCUUCGCCCAUUUUUACUUCGACGUCUCAAAACGGAUGUAGAGGAUCAGUUGCCCGAGAAACGCGAACACGUGCUGCGCUGCGAUCUAUCUAUCUGGCAAAAGAUCCUCUACCGCCAAGCGAAAAGCAACAUCGGGGUGGUGCUCAACGCCGGCGGCAAGCCACGUCUUUUCAACAAUGUGGUCAUGCAGUUGAAAAAAGUGUGCAAUCAUCCGUACCUCUUCUAUGAUUGGGAAGAGGUCAGCGCCCUGGAUCCGCUGUGGAUCGUGCGCACAUCGGGCAAGUUCGAGCUCCUCGACCGUAUGCUGCCCAAACUGCGUCAGUCAGGACAUCGGGUGCUCUUGUUCAGUCAGAUGACGAUCCUGUUGGACGUGCUCGAGGACUUUUGUAAGCUGCGCAACUUUAGUUACCUGCGCUUGGACGGCAGUACCAAGGCCGAAGAGCGUCACGAGAUGCUGGAGCUGUUCAAUGCGCCCGAUAACGAUAUUUUUCUCUUCAUGCUAUCGACGCGUGCCGGUGGUCUUGGCCUGAACCUGCAGACCGCAGACACGGUGAUUCUCUUCGAUUCGGACUGGAAUCCGCAGGCCGACUUGCAAGCCCAAGACCGUGCCCAUCGGAUCGGGCAGCGCAACGAGGUACGUGUGUUUCGUCUCAUCUGCGCGGAUACGGUCGAAGAGCGUAUCCUCGCCGAGGCCAAUCGGAAGCUCAACAUGGACCGUCAGGUCAUUCAGGCCGGCAAGUUUAACCAGAAAGCAACCGACCAGGAGCGACGGGCAAUGUUGGAAGAGCUGCUGCGGCAACAGGAGGGUAACGAAGCAGCAGCCGACGUUCCCGACGACGAGACCUUGAACGAGUUGCUUGCGCGCACCGAGGCCGAACUAGAACUCUUCGAGCAAAUCGACGUGCAACGGCGCGCGCAACCAGAGCUCUACCCGCCGCUACUCAUGGAUGAAAACGAGUUGCCGGACUGGGUCCGCCAGAAUCAAGAUCAAACAGACUCGGGUGCCGACGGGUUCGCCUCCGGUACCGACACCGGUCGGAGGCGACGCAGUGGCAGCAGCGAGGCCGACGACUCGACCUCGAUCGAUCGCGAGUCGCGCCGUCGACGCGCUGCACGAACCCGCACAGUGUUGUAUGACGACGGCCUCACGGAAGGCGAAUGGCUGCGUCUCUUGGAACGUGGCAAGACUGCAGACGAUUUCGAGAGCGCCAUUCGGGAACGCCGUCACCGCAAAGAGAUGAGACGGCUGCGGUAUCAGGAGACCGUGCGUCGCAAACGACGCCUCCUGCGCGGCCUGAACCCCGACGACAGCACACCCGACACUUCGACUUCGUUCGCAGAGAACGAUAACGAUAACGACGACGACGACGACGACGAAGAGGAUGCAUCUGCACAUCGAAGCGCAUGGCAUCGUCGCUCAGCGGGUCAAGAGCAUCCACGCGACCGCCGUCGCCAUGUAGCGGCACGCGAAAGUGCUGCGCCAGAGUUACCACCACCACCAGCAGCAGCGGCAGCGGUCGUAGACACCAGCGACCUGAAUCAACAGGGUGCCGUCCAGGUCGUGCGCCGCAGACGCGGCCGCCCGCCAGGUCGACGCGCCGCCGCCGCCACAACCAUAUCCGCUCGUCGCUCAGCAGCAGCGAAUGCGUCGGUCACUGCCUCGGACUGGCCGAUACUCGUCGACGAUAACACGAACAACAACACCUACGAUAAUACGACUGUAUCUGCUUCAAGUACAGCUACCAGCGAGCGCAGCGCCCGCACCACAUCGACAGCAGCGCGCGUGAACGCAACGCGGCAACGCCAGGGAGCCGAUGCGUCAUCAUCCGUGCGUGCAUGCAUCGCGGGGACACGCAUCGAGACGGACAGCAUCGAUGAGCACUCGGAACAUUCGAAGCAUUCGAAGCAUUCGAAGCAUUCGGAUGAUGAUGAUGCAUCAGCGCCUGCAAUGAUCAGGGUGCGCAUCGCAGGCUACGGCAUGGAUGCACAGCGUCAACGGUAA